AUGGCAUUGAGACCAGCUCGAGCUAACGACGCUGUCACUGUUCCAGUAGAGACCACUGCUAAUCCAUUUUCUUCAGUUGAUAUCAUCGCUGCCCCUACGUCCCUGAGACUUCCACCACACCAGCUACGACUGCAGCCGAAGACUUCAAGCUCUACCCGAUUUGCCGAUGUGGAGACUACCUCUGCUUCUUACUACGCUCCAGCUGACGUUAAGAUCAUUCCCGCAGUCGAAGACGUUCCAGUUCCAAGUGAGACCACCGCUUUCCCAUAUGCUGUUGAAACUGCUACUGGUGACAUCGCAAGCGACCGGACCUACGAUGACAAGGAAAACGGAUUAUACUUAUUAAUACAUUGCCUGCUUCACCGGACGUACCAUCCUAGUGCAGUACCUGCUCGACUCGUUUUCGAUAAGGCUGGUGUCAUCUGUGACUGCACGGAAAUCGUGAAAAAGUGCCAACAUGCGCCUGGAAAUGAUGAGAAAAGUGGAUCCGGUGAUGAGUCGUCUGGAUAUGCUUAUGAGACCACCUCUAUCCCAGUUGAAACUACCACUGUGGCUGUCUACACAAGAACCGCUCCUGAUGUUCCAUCAACGACCACCACUCAGGCCUAUGAAACUAACACCGACGCCUAUACAACGACCACUCAAGCUGAGACUACCACUAUAGUUGAAGCCACAACGACGGCUGCUGACGUGCCAUCGACUGCUCAAGAUUAUGAGAACUACACAAUCACCACCACAGCUGUUGAUGUCCCAUCGACUACGACUCCGUUAAAAAAUAAGUUAAUCCAAAUCCUCCUUGUCUGUCAGCUCUCAAUUCAGUGGUGA